AUGAGAUCCUUAAGCAGUGUGGGACUUGCUCUAAGCAUUGUCUUUGGUUGUUUGCUAUUAGCUCUUCUCGCUGAGCUCUAUUACUUGCUCUGGUGCAAGAAGAGGACGACGACUACACCUAAUCUGCGAGAUGACUAUUCUACCCCUCACACCAGAGAGCUUCUCUUCAUCUUCUGUUGCAGCAGCACAAACCCUUCUUCCUCCUUCUCAAGUCCUAAACAUAUCGAAACUCAACAACAACAACAACAAUGUCCUCCUCCUGAUGGCUAUGAUGUUGGAUUUGGGAAUGUGGGUCCAGGGCUCGUGCCGAGGUUUCUGUUCACGAUCAUGGAGGAAACAGUGGAGGAAAUGGAGUGUGAAGAUGGGGUUUCCACAAAAGGAAAGAGCUUGAAUGAUUUGUUUCUUAAUAUGGAAAGUGGUUCCACUCCUCCGUAUCUCACUCCUCGUGCUUCUCCUUCAUUGUUCACUCCUCCUUUCACUCCAAUAAUGGAGUCUUGUAAUGGCAGAAGAGAAGGGAUCUCCAGUUUCUUCGAGUCAUCGACUGAUGCUGAGUUUAACAGACUGGUGAGAUCAUCUCCAUUGUCAUCAUCACAUUCACCAACAUCAUCCUCGUCGUCAUCGCCGUUACCGGGAUUCAAGUUCUUGAGAGACGCAGAGGAGAAGCUUUACAAGAGGAAAGUGAUGGAGAUUGCAGAAGCCGAGGACCUCAAGGGCUAA